UCGGUCAGCCGUGAGCAGCUGUUGAUUGGGAGACAUGGGCCAUGUCCCGGCUCUCGCGAUCAACCGCUUGCUUGUCUGUCGUUACGUCCAAGAUCGCGGACCUACAAGGCUUUCCAGCUUCGGCCUUGAAAGCUUGACGUCCCGAAUGAACACUGAGAUACGGAGUUAUUCUCAGCGCGCAUAGCGCCACGCCCUGUUGCAUACAUGCGAGACGGGGACCCUGUGGGCGUGGUGCGUCUUCUCACCAACGUUCUUCCCCUGUUUCAUCUACUUCACAUCCUAUGAUGACAGGCUCGCGCCAGGCAGGGUUGCUAGACGUUUCUGCUGGGUGUUCUGGCUGUCGGAUGACUUCCCUUGACCGGAAUCUAGAACACGGCUUGAAGGUUGGCAACCUUGAGGCAAGGAAGUACACGAGGCCACGAACUUUGAAAGUGUGGUCCUAUGCAGUAUAUAUACGAACCGGUAUCGCAUCGCAGAUACUCAGACAACCGCGUCUGCAAGAACCGCAACAUCAACUCACGAUGACCGAGGCUCCUGGCACAUGCACUUCUUGCAACUUACCCCUACCAACAGAUGCAGCCCAAGCUCAGGCCCAAGUAGCGUAUUUUUCGUGUGGGCAUGCAUACCACCGUAAUAGGUGCAUAGCUGCAGAUGCGGAGAAAUGCCCGCGGUGCCAACUAAAUAUGACGAUAGGCCUAACGGUCGCCGGCGCAGCCAUCGGUGUGCUACUCGCACCGGUUGUCGCUCCAGCAGCGCUAGGGCUAGUCGGAUUCAGUGCGGCUGGGCCUGUCGCAGGUACUUUGGCUGCGGCAAUUCAAGCUUCAAUCGGCAACGUGGCGGCGGGCUCCCUCUUCGCAAUAUGCCAGAGCGUUGGUAUGGGAGGCGCGCUGCCAGCUUUAGGAUACGCUGCUGGUGCAGUGGCUGGGGCGGUCGCGGGGUGCUGCGGCUGCUGCCGCGGCAAUAGACGACAACACUGAAGACCAGAAGAUAGGCUGAAGAACCUGAUGCCAAUGGCAAAGGCCCCUAAAUGUUGUUAUAUUAUGGGGAUGUAGCAGCCUCGGUUGCAACGGCCUCGAUUUUCGUCAUCACUGUGUAAAUUAGGCACCGGUCUGUACUGGCCGGACUGGCUUGUGGUUCCCUCUCGUCAGGUAUUCAAACAAGACAACUGCACGACACCUGUGUGUGAUAGUCAUUCAAGUGC